AUGGCAGGCCUCGAAAGUGCGCAGGCUCUAUGUAAGCGCGUCGAUGACAUUUGCAAGAACGGAAUGGGAUCGAAGGACGAGUGCAUCAAGCUACUGGACGAUUUGGCUAAAUUCCAGAUGACCGUGGAAAUAAUUCAGCAAACGAGCAUUGGAAUUAAAGUCAACAUGAUGCGGAAAAAAGUUCCAGACGAGUCCCUUGCUAAAAGAACCAAGAAUAUUAUAAAAGAGUGGAAGAACAUAGUUGAUUCAAAGAGCAAGUCACAGGACGACAGUGAUGCCCCAGCACCUAAAAAACAGAGAAAGGAAAGUGUUGAAGAGCCGAAGGUUGAAAAGAAGAAAAUUGAAGCUCCAUACAAAAGACAAGAAUCAAAUAAUCGUCCAGAAAUUGUUGCACAGUUCGCAAGUGCUUCAUUCCCACCAAAGCAUCUGGAGAAUGACGAGACUCGUCUAAAAUCGGCACAGCUUUUACUGUCUGCUCUUCGAUUCGGAGAGAUGCCCCAGGGAACUCUGGAUCCAGAAGAAUUGGCCGUUCAAAUAGAGGAAAAGUUGUAUUCGGUUCAUCGUGACACGAACAAAAACUACUCAGCAGCCGUUCGUAGUCGUAUUUUCAAUCUUCGUGACAAGAAGAAUCUUGCUCUUCGUGAGAAUGUCCUAACUGGUGUUGUUCGCGCAGAGAAAUUCGCGACAAUGACAAGUGAAGAAAUGGCAUCACCAGAAAUUCGCAACAUGCGUGAUAAGUUCACCAAGGAGGCAAUUUUGGAGCAUCAAAUGAGUGUCCAACAAGGAACACCAUCUGACAUGUUCAAAUGCGGAAAAUGUGGAAAGAAGAACUGCACCUACACUCAACUUCAAACACGCUCAUCUGACGAACCGAUGACUACAUUUGUCUUCUGUCUCGAGUGCGGAAACCGCUGGAAGUUCUGUUAA